GCCUGGGAUGCCUGAACUAUUGUUUGAUGUUUAUGAUUUUUCUCUAUGUCGCAGUGUAUCAGAUCUUCUACCAUUGCGGGUACCUCCUGAAACCAGAUGUGGAGCUAAGUAUGCGAGCGACCUUGCGAGCUCCGGCCAACUUGACGGCAUUCAAAGACUUGUCGUAUUGCUGUCAUACCAGCGGAGUUUGUCCUCCAACGACUUUGCGUUGCGAAGUCUUUUCGGGUCCUUCCGUGCUCCACGUGCACGAGGAGGCCAUGACGGUGGUGACGCGUCGCAAGAUCAAGGGGGAAGGUGGCGUGAUUUCGGAUCACUAUGUGGCCGACAUCGAAAACUUCACAUUGUUGGUGGAGCCCACCGUGUACAGCAUCACCAAGGAUCCACAUCAUCAGCCAUCAAUCAUGCCUGGACAUAGGAUGGUGGGCCACCUUGCAGUCGGUGCCUUCAGCCAGGGCCACGUGGUGAACGAUGUGCAGCACGCCUUGUGCCGCGAGCGCGGGCUGCGCCAUGAGGCCUUCCUCCACCCUUCGGGGCAGGGGCGGGGCAAGGUCACCAAGGCGCCUUGCUAUAUUUCGGCGGAUUUCACCAUCAACAACAACGAGGUCUUCAGACUCGACACCUUGAUGCGCGCCAUGGGCAUCAGCCUGGACCAUGACGUCACUGCGCACCAGGGCCGAUCCAUUCGUCAUGUGGGUUUGGUGAUCAUGUUGCUAUUGGAAGUGCACAGCUUCGAAUACGGCCGUGGUCUCCUGAAGCGUCCCUUCUUCGUUUUGAAGCCCAUCUGGGCCAACAACACGCAGUACAGCCGUGAACGCAGCGGCUUCGGCAUGGAAACGGUGGACGACUACGGGCUGCACUUCCUGCUACAGCCUGGGGGGACGCUGGCCACCUUCAGCUUCAACCACCUUUUGGAGGAAGUGACCACGAGUUUGGCGCUCUUUGCCGCUAGCAGCAUAGUGGUGAAAUUCCUGGCUGUCUACGCCUUCCCCUUGGGAGGGAUCUACUACACCGCAAUGACACGUGAAACGCCGGAUAUCCGGCAAGUGGAAAAACUGGCCUUGGUGCCGGAUGAACAGCUGCAAGCUGAGCAUCGCAAGCUCUUCGGGAAUGCUGCGCGGGGAAGCAAGGAAGAACUCUUGCUGAGCUUAAGCUCGGUCCAUGAAGACUCCAGUGAGACUGAGUAA